AUGAAUACUGGUCCCAACCAUCCGAUCAAAUGGGGAACGUAUCGAGAGGGUGUCCUGUCCCAGCUGCAACGAUUUGAGUCCCUGCCCCAAGAUGGCCUCAAGUUAAUGGAGUCUUAUCAGGCUGUCCUUGAUAACGAUGAGACUUUCACCCAAUAUUUCUCAGACAAGCCACUCGAAAGUUACACUAUCGAAACACGUCUAAGGGAAACAUUGGGGAUUCGUCCUCCUAGGCAGAAUAAUCCCUCAAUUAGCUGGGUCAACAUUUUCCGACACGGCAGUUUCGAAAUGCAAAGUGAUGGCUCCUACCACUGUUAUGAUGAAGGAAAGCUCGUGGAAAUUGACAAGUCCCUUCACAAAUGCAUCCUACUCAACCGAUGCUUCCUCCCGACAAACUCGUACCUGUGGCCAAGUCCUGCCGACGCUGAACGAGAAGCUGAAGUCACUUUGGCAAUCGAGGCAGACAUCCUGGACGAAAUCGACAAAAAGAUCAAGUAUGUGGAGAAAUUGAAGCGACUUCAGCUGGCUCUGAAGAAACGCCGAAAUAAGCUCCAGGGCAUUCGAGACCCCACGAAAAGGUCUCGUACACCGCAAACCCCUGCACAGUACCCUACACCAAACGAGUCACGUCGUCCCACGGUCUCUGUUGAGACACGCGAUGCCCGUGCACGCAGUUCAUCCGAAAGCUCGGGUAUCUCAAGUGGAUCCGAUAUCCCUUUCGCCGUCUCCGGUGAUAACUCAAGGCCACUAUCGUAUGACAGAGAUGAUGCGGCUGGCAGCUCAGGCCAAGAGCAUUCGAAUCCCAUCGAUCUCGCCGAAGGCAACCAGAACGCACACGAUAAUAAGAUGGGAGUGUCGGUGGCUAGACGUCGCAGCAACAGAAAUCCUGAGGUCGCACCAAUCCAGCAUGACAAACAGAAGUCUAAGCAAUCCCAAGGAGAUGAAUCGCCUAAACACCAGCUCGAUGACAACGAGGACCUGGUGCAACCACCUCCAAAAAAGCAAAAGUUUGAGACUGAGCCGCUCCCAACAGAUAUCGUCCAAACAGAUAUCAUUCCAACAGACAUCGUCCCAACAGACAUUGUGCCAACAGAUAUCGAGACUAUCGACCUUAGUGAAGAAUUGCCAAUGUGGAAAGGAAAGGUCGAUACGCCCACUAAACUGCAGCCCAAAUCUUCCACUGGAAAGCGCAUAGGACAGAAGCGAACACGGAAUAACUUCACCGACUACGAGAAGAAGCACGCCCCAGCCUGGUUCAAGAGCCAGAUAGACGCAGGAAGGCUCCCGGCCGAUGUUGAGAAGGCCUAUGUCGAAAAGUUUGGUGUCUUCCACCGCUUCCUCACAGUGAAGCUGUGGGUCGACCGAAUGGAGGAAAGGGCCGGUAGAGCACAGCCCCCGAGCAAAAUCGUGGUAUUGAAAGUACAACUCCCGUUGCAGCUUCAUAUGGCCUUCUUGAAUGACAAUUCCUCCUAG